AAAUGCUUCUAUUAUAUGGUGGAAUCAAACAAUCAUAACGACCAACCUUUAAACUUGGUUUAUUUACUGCACUGAGAUUAACAAAUCAGGCCGUUUAUCUCUCUCUCUCUCUCUCUCUCUCGCUUGCUCUCGCCCUCUCUGCUGGAAUAAAAUUUGUGCUCGGAUCGUUAAGAUGUAACCCUGUUAAGGUGAGCUUCCUUAAAAUAUUCUUGAAUAAAUAAAAUUUCGGACGUUGAUAUCACUUCGCACAUACAAGUAUCUAGGUACACAGAACUAUAUAAUACACUAAUUGAAUACGCAAACAUAACAGACAGCCUACGAAGCGACAGAAUUCACCGCUUUGUACACUUCCCGCUAGCGAUCCUUUGCCAUGUGCAACGUGUGUACACCUACAGCACGUGACUGCAUAACACGUUCACGUUGUUCACUAUUUCUUUGGCUCCGUACGACCUGCGUAAUGUUUUCAUCAACAUGUGUUUACCGUUAUUAAUCGCUGCGACGUUGUAUUCCGUUUUACUAUGGAAACGAUUACAUCACUAAAAUUUUCAAAGGAUUUUUCUGGUAGCAGACGGACAAGACCGUAACAGUGACGGUACGCUGGGUUUUCUGGCUGGUGCUUAUGAUAAGAUCUGCCCGUGCCGGUAACGACGAUUAGUUGUCAGGUUCAUGCCUUUCGAGACGAAAGCCUAGUUCCUUCACCUGUCUUAUUAUCUAUUACCACUAUCAGCGUAAUUUCACCGUGUUGUACGAAAAUGGCUCGUAAGAAACGGACCAGCAAGCUACCCCAGAGUGUGAUCAACAGUUCUCCUUACCUUUCGCCGGCACUAUUGUCUGCGAAAUCUUCAGAUCAGCUGCUGCAGUUCAUACAGAUGCAGCAGUACCGAGAAUUGACGGCUAUCGAAGGGAUGUCGUCGCCAACCCCGACCUCUCACUAUCUGCAAUACAGCUGCCGACACCGAGGUACCCCGACCUCAGCCCAUUGCCGUGAUUCAGUCCUAACUGGAGGAUACCUCGGGGGCUAUCAAAAACGAAGCGUUUACCAUUCGGAACGAAGUUCACGAUUACACUACAGUGAGGGAGGAUAUAUUCCUUCAAUCGACUGCGCAGCUGACCAACUGGGUCAACGAUCUGGAAUAAUUUCUCCGAGGAAUAGUUGUUUUUUGCCGAACACUUCGACAAUGGACACGUCGCAAAUGCUCAUGCCAUUAUCAGCUAACGAUAUGGAGCUGGCUACAGCUGUUGCCUCUUGUACGGGCAUGGUACCAUUUCCAUGUUCGGUAGGGCAAAUGCCUUCGACAGUGGUUGGAAGUUUGGCACCGUUAUCGGCAACAGCAGCAUCACCGGGAGUGACCGCGCUAAAUCCGGCCCCAGCUCCUCUGAUACCGCCCCCGGCCCCGUUGCUCUCACCACCCCAGAUCUCGGAGCUCCCCUCAGCUUCAUCAUUGAUACCAUCGCUCGUACAGCCGCUCCCGACUCAGUCAGCGGGUUCACCGCCACCGAUACUUCAUUCAUCGAUGACGUCACUUGCUUCGAACUUUUCUCCUUGGACAUGCGACGAGGGUCAUGAACUUUGCCCACAGUUUGGACUUCAUCAAUGCAGCUGUAGUCCAACGGCUCUAGCUAGUGAAGUAAUACACGACAUGCCCCGGCCAGUGCCUCAACCGUGCUUUGGCUCCGGAGACGAAAUCCUGGCGAUCUCUGGCAGUUUUCCGUGUAUCCAUUUCCGCUUUGCCAACUUGCAGCCAUGGCUCUACUAUUCAAUUUGCGUGGAGUUCGCCGCGUCAGCUCCUGCUGAAAAUCGCAACAGUCAGAGGGACUCACUUAUACUACAGUCUAAUACGUCAGUGCGGUUUCUGCCGCCUGGAAACCAUAUGCCAGGCCAUCUUUGGAUGAACCGUCGCUGGAGUCUUCAAUUGGAGCAGAUUGUUAUGCGUAUUCCACAUUUACCCUUCGGCGAAUUCACGCCAGUAGUCCGCCUCUUCGCUACUAGAGGUCAGCUGUGCCAGGGGCUGUCACUGGAAGGCCAUCCAAGCGACAUGAUCGAGGCCUCACAAAAUUGGUACCUUAGCGGACACUCGUUCCUUCUCUGUCCAUGGGGGAUCGAUCAACGUGUGCUUAUCAGUACGGUGGCGAUCACAAGUAAUCACGUCAAAGUAGACGAUAUCGUUGAAAGAUCUUCCCCGCUUGGCAGAACUCUCUCCGAUAUCUCGGACCCAUUGUCGCUGUCGGACUCACAAUCGCCUCCGCCGUGUCCGCGCGAGCCCUGGUUAGACGUUGGACCCCUGAGCUGUUCAUCCCCGGACAGCGUGUGGGGCCCACCGAAAGCUGACGGCGGUUGUUCUUCAGACGAUCCUAUCCUUCACCGGAUGUUCAACAACCUCUUCCCUGAGGGCUACUUUGAUGAGUCAGCCUGCGUUGCAACCCUCACUUUGUAAUUUCCCAAAAUAAUGGGGAAUAAUUCCUGUUCACGUUACUGUAGACCUCGUCUCACGUGUCGAGACCCUUUAGAACAAAAAAGCAAUAAAAGAAAACGAAGAAUAGUCAGACAACAUAUUCAAUCAGCUUAUUAUAAGAUUGAGGAGUUCACUAUACGUUUACUGAUUUAUGAUGAUGAUGAUGAUGAUGAUGAUAAAAACAGCAAAAAGCAACAAAAAGCGUGGAUUAUGCACGAAAACGAUGAUGCAUUGACGGCUGUUGGACUGUUGACUAUCUUCAAUUCCACCUCUAUUUCUAGAACAGAAAUACGUACGUAACAUUAGCGGCCAGCAAGAAAAAAAAGUUGUACGCACAUCAGAACCUAAACGAGAGAAACACAUAAUAACUUUAGUAUGGAUCGACGUGUUACCAAAUUUAUUUACCGGAUGUACACCCUCACAUUUGAUAUGUUUGAGACACUCUUACUUAGUUUAGCCUAGACGUUCUAGAAAUUAACGCGCGUAUAUUUCAUUUGGUGUAUUCGAAAAUAGGUAUUUGUUAUUCUAUGCAACCCAUGGAAAGACGCUUCCCGAAAGCUCGACCACUCAUCACGACUGCGUUUGUUGUGAUGACUGAAGAUUCCCGAUGAUUAGUUGUAGUGUAGUGUCGUUACGAUGGACGCUGCACUGGAGUUAGUUCUAGGGUAUGUAACAUGUGUUAUUUUAUAGCCAGUGAGCGUGUUCAUAGGGAGCACUAGUUACUGAUGGGGACGCUAGGGCGUCUGGACUACGAGGAAGUGCAUUCGACAAUAGACAUUGAACGAUGCUGAUGGUUGGCUCGAUCAGCAGAUACGAACACAUAGAAACCAAAUAGAGUAAGUAGACCGACGUGGAGAGGCGAAAUUCGGGCGGAAACAUUGCUGAAUUGUUUUAGGAACAAAGUUUAUUGUUGAGUGCGACGCGAUGUUUGUUUCAGUGGUCAGUGUCAAUUAUCUAUCUUGCUUUACGAUUUAUUUUUUCACCUUCGAAUUUAUACAUGUAGCUAGCUAUUUUUGUUAUUGUUAUUAUGAUUAUAAGCGAUUUAACCUUUGGGUUUCGACAUUGUACGUUUCUAUUUAGCGUGCAACGAGCUAUGCCAAAGAUAUGGCACCAAUAUAGUAGGUCAUGUGUGAUUGACGUUAUCUAGCUCAGUCUCACCGGAUACGUUCGGUGUUGAUGUGAUAUUUCCGCUAUUACUUGCCGUUGUUAUCGCUGCUCCAGGAUAAUGUCGAUUCUAGUGGCGCUUGCAAUUUUGUUAAUUUGGAGCGUGUUUAAAUAAA